GCCGGAGACACAUACUUUCCAUCUUCCAUUCGGUGAGGUCGGCAUUAGUCUACAAGAUGUGGCGAUGAUCCUUGGUUUGCCCAUUCGGGGUAUGCCCCUCAGUGGUCCAACCGUUAAGGGUAAGGCUCAGUGGAUCGACCUGUGCACGCAGUCGUGUGGUUUCACUCCUCUAGAGACUGAUAUGUGCACGAGUGAUAUCACCAUGAGUGCUCUUACCCGUCACCAGAUCCUACCUGACAGUACAGACGAAGAGGUCACCGAACACACCAGAACCCUAAUAUGGCAAUUGCUUGGAGGCCUUUUGUUCCCUGACAUGAGUGGGACAAGAAUACGAUUAUACUUUUUGGAGGUCUUGCAGGGUGACAUGGCUUUAGCCCGUCGAUGGAGUUGGGGAUCAGCGGUUCUCGGGUACCUCUACCAUAACUUGUGCAACGGCGCCAAGUGGGAAACCAAACAAGUUGGCGGUUGUAUGCACUUGUUACAGAUUUGGGCUUGGUCGAGGAUUUCGAUGGUCCGUCCCUCAGUAGUUCAGGUCAUUCAACAUGACCAUCUUCCAUAUGGGUGCAGGUGGAUCGUCCCCAAGUCAUAUAAGGGAUCCCCAAGACACUGCAUACGCCUGUACCGGGAUGACCUAGACCGAAUGAGUAGAGAGUCAGUUUGAUUUCACUCCCUACGUGUCCGAGGAACUCCCACCUAUCAUCCUUAAUGACGCUCCGCUUUGGUCGGCUAGGGUCAUGCUCAUAUUUUGCAAUAUGGCCGAAAUGCAUUACCCCGAUCGAUUUCUUCGGCAGUUCCAUAUAAGGCAAGAUACUCCGGAUGCUCCUUUGGCGGGUACUGAUCAUCACGGCAAUCGUUCCAACAUAGUAACCGGUGCCUUGGCGUUGUGGGCGGACAUACAACAUCAUAUAUACUUUCUUGAUUAUGAUCGACAUAUGUCCGUCGAAGCAACUAAGAGGUACCGAAAAUGGUACCAGAAGCAUGGUAUGACACGUGUCCAGAACCCUUCUCACAAUGUGCCCACGACAGGCUACAUCCUGACAUCACACGAUUGGGGUAUUGUGAGGCAGAGCUUUUACGAGCUGAAUCAGCUCUUAGCCGACCGCGCAAGUCAUGAGGACUGUCAAAAACGACUACAGCGGAUGGCCCUGGACGUAGGUGAUGAAGAGAUGCUCCGCCGGGGCAUAUUCCAUUAUGAAGAUGAAGAUGAAGAUGAAAGUGGAAGUGACGAAGAGGAUGAUGCAGAUGAACAUGAAGGUGGGGGUGAGCACUCACAAUCGCCCCCUCAAUUUUCAACACGUGAGGGUGUCUCAUUUGAUCAACCACCCCCUCAAUUCUCAACGCAUCAAGGUGUCUCAUUUGAUCAACCACCGCCGUAUUAUGAUUCUUAUCAGUACUCCACACAAGCGGUUGAUUAUGUUGAUUCAUUUCUGGAUUCGUCGUCGUUUUACUAUGGAGACACAAUGGGGCCU